AUGCAUCCCCGGCGCAGUGCCCAGGAAGUCCUACUGUGUGACCUCUGUGAAACUGUCCCCCUACAGAGUCACUGUAAACUUUGUCAUUUAAAUCUUUGCAUUAACUGUGUAGGUAAACAUCUCUCAGAUUCCUCGAAAGAUCACAAUGUCGUGCCCUUUAUAAAACACAUCCAGCCUACUCCUAACUACCCAAAAUGUCCGAAACACGCCGAAAAACACUGCGAACUUCACUGCGAGGAAUGCAACAUUCCUGUCUGUAUUGCCUGCGUCUCUUCAGGUAAACACAAAGGUCACGAUAUGUCAGAUAUUCUGGAAAAACUCAGCACUAAAACAGAAAGUUUACAAAAAGAUCUAGAGGAAUUAGAGAAGAGAAUUUAUCCCCGGUAUGAAGAAAUGGCGUCCGGUGUGCAAACUGAAAAAGCCGAGUUAGAAACGAAAUACGGGAAACUGACCACAGCCGCUGACCAACAAGGAGAACUCUUACACCGGGAGGUCACCGCCAUUGUCAACCAGCGGAAAUCCGCCAUUACGGAGAUGAAAACUAAACAUCUGGACGCGCUAAAUAAAAACACAGAAACAAUCGCACAGAAAAUGGCGGAACUCAAACAGAUCAUGUCCGACUUGAAAUCAAUCCUAAAAUCAAAUGACGUCUCCUUAACCUCUACUUACAAAUCUAGGAAUUCCGAAUUUAGAACAUUACCGCCUAAAGUCCGAGUCACAUUACCGAGUUUAUCUCCUCAGAAAAUAAACAAAGAUCAGCUCAAUGAAAUGUUCGGUUCUCUGCCGCCAUUAUCCAUUAACACAGAACAUGGCGACACAAUGAAGUCAGCAGAAGCUGUAUCGUCUCCUCCAGUCAAACCACUGCUUGAUGAGCCGCGCGUCACCGCCACCAUAGACACUGGGUAUAACAGAUACGAACUAACCAGUGUUAGCUGUCUGAGUGAAGAUCAAGUCUGGACACGCGGGAAUAAGAAAACCAUGAAGCUGCUCAACCUCCAGAGUAAACUACUGACAUCAAUACAAACCAAGUCAGGGAACUGGCCAACAGACAUAGCAGUGACACGGGACGGAGAUCUUGUUUAUACUGACGAUGAUAACACUAUAAACAUUGUUAAGAAUAAACAGAUACAGACCGUGAUCACACUACAGGGGUGGAGACCUCUCAAUGUCUGCUGUACCGCGGCUAACGAUCUCCUGGUUACCAUGAUCAGUGAUGAUAGACAACAAUCCAAAGUCGUGCGUUACUCCGGCUCCACAGAGAAACAAAGCAUUCAGUUUGAUGAUCAGGGUCGUCCUCUCUACUCAUCUGAUGGCAUUAAAUACCUCAGUGAGAACAAGAACCUGGAUAUCUGUGUGGCUGACUGUUGGGCUAGUGCAGUAGUGGUGGUCAAUCAGUCAGGAAAACUCCGAUUUAGAUACACUGGUCAUCCCUCUAAUACCAAGCAAUCAUUUAAUCCAGUCGGCAUCACUACAGACAGCCAGAGUCACAUCCUGACAGCAGACUAUAACAAUGACCGUAUCCACAUCCUAGAUCAGGACGGACAGUUCCUCCGUUACAUUCACUGUGAUUUACGCCUUCCAUGGGGUUUAUGUGUGGACAUCAGAGACAACCUCUUUGUGGCUGAGUGUCGCACUGCUAAAGUGAAGAAAAUCCAAUAUCUAUAAAAUGUUAAUUACACAGCUCUACAAUGUUAAUUACACAGCUCUACACAGUGUUAAUUACAUCUACCAACACUGUGCUAAUUACAUGUCUAACCACAGAGUAACUUACAGCACUGUGUUAAUUACAUCAGCUUGUUAAUUACAGUAUGUGUUAAUUACAGCCCCGUGUUAAUUACAGUUCUGUGUUAAUUACACCCCUGUGUUAAUUACAUCCCUGUGUACAUUACAGUCCCCUGUUUGUGAUGUGUAACAUGUACUUGUGUUUGUGAGUUUAACAGAACAUUAUUUUGUUUGUGAAUUAAUUUGUGUUUGAUUUUACAAUGUAUAUAUUAGAUAAACAUGAUACAGAG